AUGUCGGCCAUACUCAAACAACGGGUGAGAUACCCUCAAUACCUCCCUAAGCUAAAGACCCCUGAACAGUGUGUUGACCUCUUCAAACACGGCCAGUACAUUGGCUGGUCAGGCUUCACGGGAGUAGGUUCUCCAAAAGUAGUUCCAAACGCCCUUGCUAAUCAUGUCGAGGCCACCGGGUUACAAGGGAAACUUGCCUUCAAUUUGUUUAUCGGCGCUAGCGCCGGCCCCGAAGAAAGUAGAUGGGCCGAUCUCAAUAUGAUCCUUAGAAGGGCACCUCAUCAGGUCGGUAAACCAAUUGCCAACGCUAUCAAUGAUGGGAGAACCCAGUUUUUCGAUAAACAUUUGUCCAUGUUCCCUCAAGACUUGACCUAUGGGUAUUAUACCAAGGAUAAGGAAAAUGAUAUGUUAGACUACACCAUAAUUGAAGCCACAGCAAUCAAAGAAGAUGGCUCAAUUGUCCCUGGUCCAGCGGUCGGCAGCUCCCCAGAGUUUAUCAGUGUGUCUGAUAAAGUUAUUAUCGAGGUUAAUACCGCCAUACCAUCUUUUGAAGGCCUUCAUGAUAUCGAUAUGCCUACUUUCCCUCCAUUUAGACCAGCUUAUCCAUAUGUACGUGUCGAUGAUAAGUGCGGACGCGAUUCCAUCCCUGUAGACCCGAAUCGCGUGGUUGCUAUUGUUGAAAGCACGAUGUCCGAUAGAGUUCCGGCAAAUACCCCGUCGGAUAAUAUUUCGAGAGCUAUUGCCAAUCAUUUGAUUGAAUUUCUAGAACACGAAGUCAAAUUAGGAAGAAUGCCUGCAAAUUUGCAUCCACUACAAUCUGGUAUCGGUAAUAUAGCCAAUGCAGUUAUUGAAGGGCUUGCGCAGUCAUCUUUCAAGAAUCUUACCGUUUGGACGGAAGUUUUGCAAGACUCUUUCCUUGAUUUUUUCGAAAAAGGAACCUUAGAUUACGCCACUGCUACCUCCAUCAGGCUUACUGAAAAAGGAUUCGAAAGAUUCUUUAACAAUUGGGACCUUUACAGUUCCAAGCUUUGUUUAAGGGCGCAAACUGUAUCAAAUUCUCCUGAAAUUAUUCGCCGUAUGGGUCUUAUUGCCAUGAAUACCCCGGUCGAAGUUGAUAUUUAUGGCCAUGCCAAUUCUACAAAUGUCAGCGGAUCUAAAAUGUUGCAUGGAAUUGGAGGGUCUGCUGACUUUCUUAGAAAUGCUAAAUUGUCAGUGAUGCAUACCCCAUCUGCUCGCCCAUCUAAAAUUGACCCUACUGGAAUUUCGUGUGUCGUUCCAUUUGCUAGCCAUGUUGAUCAAACAGAACAUGACCUCGAUGUCAUUGUCACUGAACAAGGCUUGGCUGAUUUAAGAGGAAUGUCUCCAAAAGAACGAGCUUUGGAAAUCAUUAAUAGAUGUGCUCACCCUGACUAUAAACCUCAGUUGAUGGACUAUUUCGAUAGAUCGGUGCAUUAUGCUCUGAAGAGAAAAGCAUUACAUGAACCACAUAUUUUGAAGGAUGUCUUCAAGAUGCAUUCAAAUUUUGAACAUAAUGGGACAAUGAAGUUGGAUAGUUGGGAUGUCAAGUUUUGA